AGAGAGAGAGAGAGACGCUCCCCUCUCAGCAUCAUCACCUUCCCUCAGUCAGCGUCCUGCUCUCCGACACCUCGCCGCAUCCUCCUCCUCCUCCUCCGGGGCUCGGAGCCGUGAGACGUGACGCUGGCGCGGAUGGAUGAGAACCAUCGUCCAUCACUUCCAGCUUCCAGCGUCUUUUCCCCCGGAGAGUCACCGCGCAGCACCGGUCACUUCUCUCCGCAGCACCGGGUCAAUCUGGCGCAACGCGGAGACGCGAGGCGGCGGAGAGAGACGCGCGUAACAACGACAGCAACGACAGCAACGACUCCCCGGUGCGCCCCCGCCGCGCCAUGCCGCUCCUCUGACCGCCUCCGUGGAUGAACUUUCUCGCCGCCUGCGCGCACGCGGCCGCUGGCGCCGACCACCACCACGACGCCAUGAGGACGACGCGCAAGUGCCGCGCGCUGCUGUCGGUGGCGCUGAACCUGGUGGCGCUGCUCUUCUCCACCACCGCCUUCAUCACCACGUACUGGUGCCAGGGCACCCAGCGCGUCCCCAAGCCCAACUGCAGCGCGCAGCGGCGCCACAACUGCAUCGACUACGGCGUGAACGAGACGGACCAGAGCAAGGUGCACUACAGCUGGGAGACCGGCGACGACCGCUUCCUCUUCCGCCGCUUCCACACCGGCAUCUGGUACUCGUGCGAGGAGAACAUCCACGAGGCAGGUGAGAAGUGUCGGAGCUUCAUCGAUCUGGCCCCGGCGUCGGAGAGAGGCGUGUUGUGGCUGUCCGUGGUCUCCGAGGUUCUCUACAUCCUGCUGCUGGUGGUCGGCUUCAGUCUCAUGUGUUUGGAGCUUUUCCACUCCAGCAACGUCAUCGACGGUCUCAAGCUCAACGCCUUCGCAGCCGUCUUCACCGUGCUGUCCGGUCUUCUGGGUAUGGUGGCCCACAUGAUGUACACUCAGGUGUUCCAGAUCACAGUCAGUCUGGGUCCCGAGGACUGGAGGCCUCACAGCUGGGACUACGGCUGGUCCUUCUGCAUGGCCUGGGGUUCCUUCACCUGCUGCAUGGCCGCCUCCGUCACCACCCUCAACUCCUACACCAAGACGGUGAUCGAGUUCCGACACAAGCGGAAGCUGUUCGAGCAGGGCCUGCGCGAGGAGCAGAACUACCUGGACCAGGAGGCCUUCCACUACUUCCGGGACCGCUCGCUCCAGUCCGUCUCCAGCACCGUGGACGUCUACCCCGGCCACACCGGAGCCAGAGGCCCGGGUCCAGGACCAGGGCCCGGUCAUGGUCCUGGACCAGGGCCCGGUCCAGGUCCAGGACCAGGACGGGGCAAGAUGAGAGCUGCAUCAGCCUCCAUAGACCUGGGGGAGAACACAGACUCUCUGGGGGAGGAGCAGUGCUGACGUGGGGGCGAGGAGGCGGAGCCACUGGGUUUUUUCCCGCCCGAAUUUGAAAGCACAUCAGCCCUUAUAUUCUUUGUUGGAGAAGACGAUGAACGGACUCGACAAGAGGAGACGUGAAGGAGGCCAAUAGAUAAAGAUGGAUUGAUAUGCUCUGUUUCCUCCGUGUCAAACCAAACUUGAGUUCAACAUUUUAAAAAACAACAGUGGUUCAGAGCGUUUCCCCAGGAAGUACCAGUGUUCAUGUAAACAGGAAAUACUACUCACAGAAAAUACUACACAGAAAAUACUUCACACAGAAAGUACUACACAGAAAAUAAUACACAGAAUAUAAUACUCACAGAAAAUACUACACAGAAAAUACUUCACACAGAAAGUACUACACAGAAUAUAAUACUGACAGAAAAUACUACACACAGAAAAUACUACACACAGAAAAUACUUCACACAGAAAGUACUACACAGAAAAUACUACACACAGAAUAUAAUACUCACAGAAAAUACUACUCACAGAAAAUACUACACACAGAAUAUACUACUCACAGAAAAUACUACACACAGAAAAUACUACACACAGAAUAUACUACUCAGAAAAUACUACACACAGAAAAUACUACACACAGAAUAUACUACUCAGAAUAUACUACUCACAGAAAAUAGUACACACAGAAAAUACUACUCAGAAAAUACUACACACAGAAAGUACUACACAGAAAAAAGGACACAGAACAUACUACACAGAAAGUACUACACACAGAAAGUACUAGACACAGAAAGUACUAGACACAGAAAGUACUUUAAAAUCGUUCUGUUCGUUUUGCAGCUGCGUCGAAUCUGUUGGUGAACCUGAUCAAUGCUGACACGAGGUUGGAAUCACGUCCGUCUGCUUCGUGUUUACCUCCAGAAUGAGUUUGGCACAAAAGCCAAAAACGAAACACCGCGGAGGAGAGAAGCAAAGAUUUUGUUUUCAUGUUUUAAAAGACGAAAACACGUUUUAACAUGAUUUAUCAGUGUUCCAGUGAAGUGACCCUGACGCUGGUGUCGUACGUUCUCUUAGCAACGUCCACAGAGAUUUGGGGCCUGAUGUUUCUGGAAGCUUUGUUCGGCAGGUUGCUGAUGUUUGAAAGUGAAGUGUUGGGGAACAGAAGAGGGAGCACGAGGUCUCGGGAGAUUUAGUUUUACUGGUUUUCCAAUUUUCUUCUGGAACAAAAGUUUUGCUCACGUUCUAAACUAAGACCCUAGUCUUAGAGGAGCGGCAUGCUGGCAGAUCAACUAGUCGAGUGUAGAAUCAAGGAUUAGAGAACAAAGAUAACAGCCAGGUGCUUUCACUCGGGUACCAAACUCUGAGUCUCAUCCACGUUCAUGGAUACUUCUGUUUAUUAGCUGUGCUCUGGGUUACUUGUACUUUUGAAAUGACAGACGGCCUCGUCAAGCGGAGGUCAAGGGGUCGGUCAGUGUGUCCUCGGAGAGUCACUGGACCUCCGGCUGCUGCUGCAGGCGGCCACUCACCUUUGACCUCCGUGGGAAUGAACUGCAUGUCGAGUCUCACGGGACGAACAGAGGAGAUAAAUCCUCGUCCUCGCUGAGGGAGGAAGCAGCUGACACGGAGGGGUCACAAUCCAGAAGUCCGUCCAUUUUGAAUUCUUCAAACCUGAUGUUUGGGUUUGUCUCUUCUUGGUCCCUGGUGCAGAAUGCGGGGAAGUUGACAUGCUAACCAGCU